CGUUCUUUAACUCGUUUAGGACGGUCUGGAUUGAAUUCUCGGACAUCUUUAGGCGACCCUGCUCCCUGAACUCAAGCACAGACGGUCCCAUCGACGACACGACCAGGCACUCUGAUGAAAAAUCGAAAUAAAAAUUAUUCGUGAGCGAUUUACCUUCAGUUACCAAAAAUAUAGCGAUCCCUUGAUAAUGAUAAAAAAAAAUUCUUCAGCAACACUGGUUGCUUAUAUGAUUCGAUUCAUUGGAGCAGCUCAGGAGCGAAUUGCCCAUCUCUAAUUUGAAUACUUAUUAUUUUUGUUCAAUUUAUAAAAAAUGACUAAAGCUAUAAGCGAAUUUGUGGAAUGGAACCUCAAAAAUAUUGGAAUUGUAACAAGACCAAAUGCUGAUAAUGGAUUAUGGUUGUCAUUGCUGUUAACAGGUUGUUUUACGGUCAAUAUGUGGAAUCAAGAUCAACAAAUAGAUUUAACAUAUAAAAGAAUGACUAUUUUGUGUUUCGGAUUGUUCUUUCAUUCGUUUUGUAUUUUUCUAUAUUUGUAUCAUCGAAAGGCUGAAAAUGGGAUUGGAAAAUAUGUAUACUGUGCAAUCAGUAUGUCAUUAACGUUCUCUCUUUUCCAAGUGUACUUAAAAGAUAAUAGAAUUCUGAGUUUGAUAAGUACUUUAUUUGGUGUAAUUUCAUAUGACCGAAUUUUUUUUCUAGCUUUAAAAAAAAUGCCUAGAUGUUUUACUUUAGGUGAAGCUAGUGUUGUUUCUCAAGGGGUUGUUCUAUUUCUUUACAAUACGUUUCUCGCUGUACCUGCUGCAUUUCUCCACGAAAAGUCUCCAAACGAAACAACUUCUGAACUACAUCUAAUUGUGCAAAUCAUUUUACUCGGAACCGGAAUGAUGAUUAUAUCGUGCCAUUUUAUACUAUUGCUUCGAUACAGUAUUUGUUUUUGGAUGUUAUUCCUUAUAGUUACGACAGGAGCAAUGCUGUUUCCUCUUCAUGGAAAACCAACAUUACAAAUUUUACUCCAGUUUGUGUUCAGUGAUAUGCAACGGAUUUUACUAGUAGCUUUAUACCUAACGUUACUAAGUAUUGCAAGCAUUUUUGUCCUGUGGCAAAUGAAACAACACGGCAAUGCCAAUACGGCAUUUCGAAAAGUAUUCCACGUUCUUAUACUUCUUGUGUAUUUUCCUGGGCUCUUGUGUCAGUGUAAUUUGCUCUACGUUGCAUCUGGAGGCAUGUUAGCCUUACUGUUUCUACUGGAGACAGCAAGAAUUAUUAAACUAAAUCCAUUACACGAAAUGCUUGAAGCUGCAGUUCGAUGCUUUGUUGACGAUAAAGAUACAGGUGUGGUAGCACUUACGCCAAUUUAUUUGUUGGUGGGUUGCUCUCUUCCGAUGUGGUUACAUCCAGUGCCAUGUGAUCUAACAGACUCGGCCGGACUUAACAUGAUAAAACUGUCAGCAGGCGUUCUUUCCGUUGGAAUCGGGGAUACAUUUGCAAGCGUAUGUGGUUAUUAUAUCGGAAAACACAAAUGGCCAGGUUCAACGAAAUCAGUAGAAGGCACACUAGCAAAUGCAAUUGCUCAAUUAUGUGUUGUAUUUGUUUUGUUGAAGCUAAGACUGAUUCAUUUGACUGUUUCGAAGGCAGCCAUUACUGGCUCUGCGAUUAUUACCAAUGUCAUAGUGGAGGCCAAAACAAACCAAGUAGAUAAUUUAGUGUUACCGUUAGUUACUUAUAUUAUUUUAGGUAUUGUAUAAAAAUGUUAUUGAAAUGAACAAUGUUUUUUUCGGAAGAAUAAAAAAAUGAGUUGAAGUGCGUA